AUGUCUACAGGAAAGCGGACAGCAGACCAUCUACCCCCUUCCGCACAGGUAUCAAAUCGUCCUCGCUAUGUCGCCCCCAAGUUCCUCCGCGUGCUGCUUCAGAGGAACCCUCACUCAAGUCCUCCCUAUGUUACCCCCGUACCCGUUCCUCCGCAUGCUGCUUCAGAAGGACCCUCUAUGAACGACUCAAGUCCUCCCUAUGUCGCCCCCGUUCCUCCAUAUGUUGCCCCCGUUCCUCCAUAUGUCGCCCCAGUUCCACCAUAUGUCGCCCCAGUUCCACCAUAUGUCGCCCCCGUACUCGUUCCUCCACGUGCUGCUUCAGAAGGACCCUUCAACUCAGACGACAACUCAUUGUUGCUCGAGCGGAGUCUUCGUCGUGCUUUUACUCCGGAUUUCCCUACUCCUUCGUCUUCGCCUUCCCCCUCCCCCUGCCCCUCCCCCUCACACGCACUCUACCCUAUAGCCGAAUCGUCUGCUGAGCAAGAAUCGGACGCACAUUACUCUCGUAUCGACGCUCCCGAUGGUACCCGUGAGACCUCUAUGGAUGCUACUCGGUCGCAUGCACAAGCUUCACCAGAUACUUCGUCUCCGAUUUGGAGGAGCUUGUCUCAUAUGCAAAAGGCAGAGUAUUCGAGACAGUGUCAAGCGAUAUUGACUGCUGCAAGCAGGGAGGUGCCGCCAUUGGAUCUGGUAUCAUCGAAUUUUCACAGCCUUCUGGUCGCUCUGGGAAUACACCAUACACAGAACGAAGCUGGUGCUCGGGCUGUGUUGAACAAACACAAAACGUUGAACAAUCUGAUCAAAUCCUUCCGGCAGCAUUUGAUGAGCUCUCAUCCGAUGGAUAUCGUGGCUUCUGACUUCUAUGAGAUUAAGCGUGGACAACCCUACCUACCGUGGUUGAAACACGGGACGAUCCACAUUGGUGAAACACCCCGUACACCCGAGAAUCAAGGCACGGAGCACCUCGAAAGACCAGGUGCACCCAAGAAACAAACCCCGAAGGAGAAGCAGAAGCAGAAGCAGAAGCAGAAGCAGAAGCCCGUCACGCAAACUAUCCAACCUACUUUGGAUAAACCCACUACGGAUGCGACACCGGAAGAUCCCCCUGGGCCGUCUUUCGAGCAAGUUAAGACAGCACCUCCCAGGCCACAGCAUCCGCACCCAUCUGAUGAACCCUACACACCCAAGAAACGAGGCGCGGACGAAGUCAAGCAGACUAUCGACGAUGUCUUUCAGACGUACGACCCCUUUCUUGAUCGCCUAAAGAACGGAUCAUUGCUGUCCGAAGAAUUCAAGCUUGGGGGAGAGAUGAGUUCGGUCUUUGCGCGCGAUUUGAUCGGUAUGGACAAAGACGAGACCGAUCUUUCAGCUAAACACAAAUUUUCGGCCCGAGUCUCUCUGCUCUCUGGCGCUUCGGGGACCGGAAAGACUCAGACAUGUGCACGCCUCCUUGGAAACUUCUGUGGUUUAGGUAUUUCCUGUCGGCCCCCCGAACUCGGAAAGGAUCCCACCGAUCCUGGCUUUCGGAGUUGUUCCGGCAUUCUGAACUCUCUCGCAGAGAGGUCCAAGUUCGGCCCAAUAUCUGGCGACCCAGCACAACUCGGGGAGAAUCGGAAAAUUGUGCGAACUUGCGUCUUGACUUCGGUCCUGUCUCGGGUUUCCGUUCUCGAAGCAUUCCUGAAGUGCAAACCAGACGGUGUGUCUGUCGCGACUUGGAAGAUGCAGUGGGCUUUGUUUGAGCUUCAUCCCGAACUGUCAUACAAGGGCUUUCCUGAACUCUAUCAGGAUAUCUGCGAGCGCCUGGAAGACGACCUUCGAGACGCUUCUCCAUCUGCGAUUUGGGCUAUCCUUCGGGCUACCAUGCAUCGGCUAAAAUCCAACUUCCCAGAAUACAUGAAGAUUUUCUACUUCAUCAUUGACGAGGCUCAGUUUAGCGCACUGGAAUACACCUCUUAUUUUCGCUCUCGCGCUGACCCUGAUCGUCCUCGCUCAUUCUUGACCGAGGUGGUUAACGUUCUUACGGGGCUCGGCCUAGCCACUCAUACCGUCAUCUCCGGAAUCAGCCUAUCUGAGGACCAAAUCAUAGACUCCGUGCAGUCCACGACCGCUCGCUUGGGUACCCGCCUGAAGGUGGUCUAUAUUCCAGAUGGUUUCUACGACAAGGAAGAGCAACGGAAGUAUAUACUCAAGCAUCUUGGGCCCUGGGCUGAAAAGCGCAAAAUACCGGUAAAGUCCUUCAAACGGCUUGUCCAGCGGAUGCUGGACUUGUUUCCCGGCCGGUAUCGAGUGACCGCGUGCUUCAUCGAGAUAGUGCUUCGAUCCGAUACCGAAUCUCCUCAUCGACUCUUCACUCUGUUUGCUCUGCGUCUAACUGAAGGCUAUGUGUGUACGGAUGGAGGUCAGAUUGAGCGCGAAGAGGCAUGCCUCGAAGGCAAAGCGAUCGAGCUCGCCAACGAGAUCAGACCGAUCAUCGACUGGAAGGAGUACGACUCCUUGCCCGCUGACGUCAAGACGACGGUUAUCCACAUGGUCGCACGCUACAUCACCACCGGGACCAUGUCCACUGUCACUGACAAGGAGCUGAAGCUCGUCAAGGCUAGUAUAGGGCAUGUACGGUGCGAAGAGACCUACGACGGGAGCACUGACAAAGUCGGAAGCACUGGCUUAGGAGCCACUGGCAAAGGAACCACUCGCAAAGGAACCACUGGCAAAGGAACCACUGGCAACGGGAGCGCCGACGACGGGAGCACAGACAAGAACAGCGCUCACAAGUCCGAGUCGCGCGGCGCCGAUGGACAAAAGGCCUUCGUCGUUUCCAUCACCGAGCCGCUGGUGAUUUUCUCUCUUAUGAUUCGUUGCAAGGACGAGUUGAUCAAGGCCGUGGGCGACUCCACGCGCUGGGCGCCCGAACCCUGUUCGCAAGGACGAUCGUACGAACUUCAGAUCUUGGUCAUCAUCGCGCUGAUGUUCGGCGGCCAGUUCCGCAGGUUGGGCGAUCUUCUUCUGUUUCGCGAGAAAUACAAACAUCUGGAGGAUCUCGAAUGUGAGCUCGUCGCCAUUUACAAGGUUGAUGGCGAGUAUGUCGCGUCCUCGGCUGGGUGGGGUUGUGGUCCUAGCAGUAGCCUGCCACUCGGGUUCAGAGCCAACAAGGCCCCAGAUUUGAAGGAGACCGUUGAACGUGGUGUAGGAGCCGCGUUCUAUCUCCCCGACCCGAACAACCACAUCGACGUGGAAUUCUAUGCUAGACCCAAGGGUUCUUCGAAGAUUAUCAGGAUCCAUGUGCAGGCCAAGUUUACUACUGGGGAGAACGGUAAAAUCAGGUCGGUGACUUUCCGGGAGGCCAAACAGUCUCUUGACCCGGAAUGGAUCUACAUGUCUCGCUGCAACAAACCGGGAGAACCGGACAGGAAACUUUCGACUGAGGAAGGCCCCGCGAUCAUGGAGAUCUUCGAGAAGAUGCGACUCGCAAAGCACGGAGACUACGAGCCUCUGGUCCCACUAUCCGCCGAGGACGAAGCGAAAAUUCCGGACCAUAUCAGCGUCAUUGCCAUCGCGGGGCCUGAGGAGACUCCCAAGCAGUUCUCGAAGUGCGAAGAGGACGCCUGGGGCCCUCUGUCUGUAACCCAGAGUUGGCCAUUCAAGAGAUAUUUUGGCGCUACCUGGGCGCUGGCUGGUGCUCAGAACAUGGUCAAGGUUCCAGAGCCGAGGGCAACCUAG